AUGCAUAUCAUUAUAAUAAUUUAUCAGAAAUGUGACGGUCUGAAGCAGCCAGAGUACAAGAAGAUGUGCGUGGAUCCCCAGAUAACCUCAUUCAGCAUUCUGCAGUGUUUGCUAAUCAGGGCCUUUAAUAUUAAAAGUGACUUCACGAUUAGUUACCUGGCCACAGAUGACGAUGGUAGCGACGUCUACCUCUCCAUGUUGUCAGACUGGGAUCUAGACGCCGCCAUUUUUAGCUCCAGCACUCCAUAUUUGUGUCUAAAAGUGGAUUUAAAACCAUACGAAUCCGGCAUUGACGAUGAUUGGGAUGUGAUAAAGUCCCCAGACUCCAUACCACCAUCAUCAUCAUCAUCAUCAUUAUCAACAACGUCAUCAUCAUCAACAACAACAAUGAUAUUUACUUUGCCAACUACAACUACCGUCAUAAAUGCCAAUAAAGUUUUCUCAAAAACGCUGAAUAACUUUUUCGAAAAAACCUAUAAUAACCACUUGCAUUUGCCACCUCUGAGUUCGCCGUUGUCUGAUGGCGAUUUUAGAAGUUUUCAAAGUCCUGUUGGUGUGCUGAUUGAGCAGAAUAAAUUUAGGUUGGCUGGCGUGUAUCAAGGUGGUGUAGAAUGUUCCUUGAGGAAAGUUGUGUGGCGACAUUUGCUUAACGUUUACCCACACGACAUGACUGGUAAAGAGAGGAUAGACUAUCUAAAUACAAAAUCGAAAGAUUAUUACAAACUUCGUGAUGGAUGGAAGAGGAAGCUGAUGGACGGCCUGAUGUCAGGGGAGGAUCGACAGGUCAUCUGCGCCGUCAAGAAGGAUGUCCUUCGAACUGACCGACACCAUCCUUACUUCUCAGGAAAGGACGACAAUCAGAAUAGCAUCAGCUUACUGAACCUCCUAGUGACCUACGCCCUUACGCACCCUUCCACCUCCUACUGCCAGGGCAUGAGUGACCUGGCCUCGCCCCUUCUGGUCGUGCAAAAGGACGAACCGACGGCCUACAUCUGCUUCUGCUCCCUCAUGGAUCGACUGAGGGGGAACUUUGCUCCGGAUGGUGAACUGAUCAUGGGCAAAUUUGAACAUCUCUCCCUCCUUCUGGAUCAUCAUGAUUGGGAGUUCGCUCAGCACCUGCGCAAACAUCGGAUCGGUCCGGAUUUGUUUUUCUGCUACCGGUGGAUAUUGUUAGAGAUGAAGAGGGAAUUUCCGCUGGACGACGCCAUGCUGGUCCUGGAGAUAAUGUGGAGUACGCUGCCGAUCAGGGAACCUCAUUCCGUUUCCGGGGUUCCGCUGGUCGAUGAGGACUUCGUCGUCCUCUCCACCUCGCCAGGAUCGCUAUCGUCGCCGGCUUAUCGAUAUUUCACGAGUUAUUUGAAUUUGAAGAACCGAUGUAGGGAGGAGAGGAAGAGCUCCGUGGGCCCUGCUACUAGGAGCUUGCCUUUCACGGCUGCUACAGCUGUCGCUACAUCUGCUACUACUACUACUACUACUUCAAGCAAUCAUCACCGUCAUCAUCGUAAUCGUCAGUCGUCAUCACCACCAUCAUCUUUAUCGCUACUAAAAUCAUUAUCAUCACGUUUAUCAUCAUCACCAUUACAGCCAACAACAUCGUCAUCAGCUGCUAUUACAGCUACUACAGCUACUACUACUUCUGCCGCUACUACUGCAUCAUCAUCGUCCAACAGCAACAACAAUGGCCACCUCAACAACAACAUCAGCAACAACAACAAAUCGCCACAAUCUUUGUCCCCACUUCCGCCUCCGGAUGAGAUAGGACACGGAAACUCCUUCCUGAUGUUCCUCUGCCUCUCGCUGCUUUUAACUCACAGAGACCACAUCAUGUCGGCCAUGCUGGAUUUCAACGACACUGCCAUCUUUUACGAUAGGAAAGUUAGGAAGCACAAUGCAGUUAACGUCAUCGUACACGCCAAGUCAUUAUAUAGCGCCUAUCUUAAAAACCAGAUGUACCUGAGUAGAUCUAGGAGAGAUUAG